UCUUUUCUUUCACAACAUGCAUGUCCUUAAAUUGUUGAACCUAUCCAAGACCAGAAUCAAGUACUUACCCAAGUCAAUUUCAAAUCUUGAAAGACUAGAAACACUUAUUCUUCGUGAUUGUGAACGCCUAGUCAAGCUCCCCUCUGAAGUUGGAUCUCUUAAACUUCUUCAAGUACUUGAUCUUGGGGGCACGGAGAUUAUUGAAUUACCUGAAGAGAUUGCUGAGCUGGACUCUCUAAGCCACUUGGAAGUAUCCUUCUAUGGAUCUAGCACCAACAGUGAGCAUGCUAAGCUGCCACCUAAAUUGAUUUCCAGACUUGAAGCAUUGGAAACACUAAGCAUAAGUGUGUACCCAGGAGAUAAAUGGUGGAAUAAGAGUGUCGAAUCCGUCGUUGAGGAAGUGAUCAAGUUGCAAUUGUUGACUUCUCUUUCCUUCUAUUUCCCAGAGGUCAAGUUUCUUGAGCUGUUCCUCGGAGAAAGUGCAUCCUGGAAAGAAGAAAGCUUAACUGAGUUCAAAUUUGUUGUUGGCGCUGAUGUCAAGUUUAAUGCAUCACGAGUCCCACAGUAUGUAGAGCUGCAUUAUGUUCUAAUAUCGGGUCAAUGCUUGAGAUUUGUCAACAGUGAGAAGAUACCUAAUGCAAUUGUUAAUGUGUUGGCUCGAUGUACUGCUUUUUAUUUAGAUCAUCAUCUUGACGUCCACAGGCUGUGUGAGUUUGGGAUUGGCAACAUUAAGAAGUUGAAAUAUUGUAUAAUAAGUGAAUGCCCCGACCUUGAAACUAUUGUGGACAGCGAGGAGGGAACCGAGAGUGUAUUUCCUUGCCUGGAGCACUUGAGUAUUCAUUAUUCAUGGAGUUUGACGAGCAUUUGGAAGGGUGUUGUCCCCAAUGGGAGCUUUGCAGCUUUACGAACUUUGUCUUUGCAUGCAUGCCCAAAGUUGACUUACGUUUUCAAAAGCUCAAUGCUGCAAUUCAUUUCAAACUUAGAAGAGUUGCAGGUUGAUGACUGUGAAGCAAUGGAAAAGAUCAUUUCUGCAGAAGAGGUCACUGAAUCUUGUUGUAUUUCACUCAAAAGUUUAACACUUCAGUAUCUUCCUGAAUUGGUUCAUAUUUGGGAAGAUGCUCAGACUAGGCUCUUGUUUGAAUACAUUAGUGUCUACGAUUGCCCUCAGUUGAAGCAGAUUUGCAAAGACUCGGAGUUGAAACAGACUCUGAAGGAAAUUAGAGCCGAAAAGGAUUGGUGGGAUGAAUUAGUGUGGGAGGAAAAUGGGAUUCGCUCACAUUUUGAAGCCAUUUUCACUCCUAUUGGCGAGGGUGAUGUACAUAGUUCUUAAGACUUCCCAAGUUGUGAGGUUGUUCUGCCAAACAUACAAUGAAUCCAGGCUGGCAGCAUGCUAAGGAUCAGCAUUUGAUAUAUAGCAAUGAUAGAAGAGACUGCUGCUGCCGCCAUUGAAAGGAACAUGACACUGCUGCUGUGAUGUAAAAGGCCUCAUCUAGAACCAGUCCGUAUGGCAGAAUCUAGUGUAAGGACAGCAAAGAAGAGACGCUUCAGAGUUUCCUUCCCAAUAUGCCUGCGGAUCCUUCUCAAACGGCCAUGAAAAUGGGAUUGGUGACAUGGUUGUUGCUGAUAUGUACCUCUUUUCUGACAUGCAAAAAUACGAUCAACUAAAAGUUAAAAGAACAGCUGCUUGUGCCUUUUUUUUUUGGAUAAAUUGUAGUUUUAUUAUCCUAGAAGCAGCAAAUCACAGCUACUGUAAAACAGUUUGUACAAUUUGUAUCACAUCACUUAUUUACAUUACAAACGUAUCUCUGCUUAGGUCCCAUUUGAUCCAAAUAAACAUGUUUUAAUCCAGCUACUCUUAGCCUGACUAUCUCCUUAAUCUGUUCACUAUUGCUUUCCUCCGACUUGAAUUGCCUUU